UGCUUCUUGAUAAUAACUGCUGGUUUUUAAGAUAUUCAAAGAUAGCAAGGAUUAUAGGCCGCCAUUUUGAGAAUAUUAAAGAUAAUAUAUUUAUUGAACUAACUGGACUCGUAAUCACUAAUAAUUCAUACAAAUGUAAUGUACAUUAUUUAUAAGAUAUUAAUUUUGUUUUACACAAACAGGCACAUGGAAAAAUAAAAAACGGAGACUCACUUUUAUACGGCUAAAUGUGUUAUUCUUGACCUGAGCAAUAACGUGGUUUAGAUUUGUCCAGAAAGUUACGAAACACUCUGCAUAUGUUAUUAUUAGCUGACUCAGAGAUACGAAAUUAUAAGGAAGGAAAUUUUAUUACAAAAGAUGUAUUUAUUUUCAAUUACUAGCACACAUUCAAGUUGAGCUACUUAAAUAAAUCCCACAUUGCAUGCCAUACAGGUACAGAUUACGGGCAUACCAACGAGAGACACUCAACGCACCUUUCACAAUGGAGCUGGUACCAGACUGGCUUUCUCCUGAAUUUUUGUCUCAGUGUCUGAAAAAUGAAGAUGACUUGCGAGAUAUUGUGAUAACAAAGUUUGAGACAUCACGAGCUGUAGCGCCUGGAGAAUAUUACAGCAGCUGUCCGACUCGAGUCAAGGUGGACUAUCAGAAUAGCAAGGACGAUCAUCAAGUGCAUUCACUAUACUUGAUUUUAAAAUCAGAAUUACAAGGUGGUGCAGUGAAGGAUAUUGUCGACAGCUUUGGCUGUUCCGAAUCAGUGUUUUACAAAAGCUUCAUGCCGGAAGCGAGACUCCUUGCAAACGUACCUUUUGUACCUAAAAGUUAUUUCUCACCUAUAUUCGCAACUAUUGUCCUUGAAGAUUUGAAGCAGCAGGGAUUCAAGAUGGCUGACAAAUCACAAGGUUUGGAUUUUGAUCAUUGCCGCCUGUACGUGACAGCUGUAGCGGCACUUCAUGCAGUUUCCUAUGAGGUCCUUAAAGAACACCCUGAGUUCAUCGAGUCUAUUGGGAAGGAAAAGCUAUUUUCUCAUGGUCUUCAAGUAACUUAUGGUUUGCAAAAAAUGUUGAGGAAUGGAAUGAGAUGUUUGUUUGAAUAUAUAGAAGCGGUAGACAAGUUCAAAAAAUAUUCUAACAUUAUCAAAGAUUCUUCUGGAAGUCUCUAUGACACGGUAGCAGAAGUAGUCAAACCACGGGAAGAGGACUUUAACACAAUGAUCCAUGGUGACAGUUGGACUAACAAUAUGUUGUUUAGAUAUGGUAACAAUGGAUCUGUCGAAGAAAUAAAGUUGCUAGAUUUUCAGCUAGUGAGGUACGCAUCACCACUUGUUGAUAUAGUAUAUUUCAUUUGGACCAGUGCCAAUGAUGAUGUCAGAACUAACAAACUUGACGAAUUGUACAAGAUCUAUACCGAUGAACUGAACAAAAGUCUAAGUAAGAUUAACUCUACAACAAAUCUGUCCUACGAAAAUGUCAAACGAAAAGUUAAAGAACUGAGUCCCCUGGCAUUGUGCAUGGCUGUGGUCAUUCCAAUUUUUACAAGCAAAGAUUCUGUGUCAGAUAUAGAACCAAUUUUUAUGAAGGGAAAUGAAGAGAAGACUUAUGAAAUCUACAAAACGUUUUACAGUCACGGGAGCUUUUACACAAAUCGCCUUCCAAAGUUAGUGAAGCAGUUGGAGAAUACAGGUGUGUUUGACUACUUACAGGAAAUAGCCCAGUAACUGUUUUCCCUCGAACGGAUUGAAAACUGGUGGUAUUUACAAUGUAUUAAGUAGAAACCGUUUAAAUGUGUUUACAUUAGGAAAUAAUCGUUGUACAAUGUGUUUCAGCAUUCUUACCAAUAGAAAUCACUUUUUGAAGUAUAUAACCACAGUCUUCAGUAUAAUAAAAUCGUUUUUAAGGAAUAUUUAAAAUAUAUAUUUCUUCCAACAUCUAAUAUAAGAAAUAUUGAUAAUCCUUCACCUAAGUUUAAAAUGAAAAAUUUGUAAAUUGAAUAAUUUAAAGUUGUUCUACUAAUAAUGAAGUUUCAAACGAAAACACAAAUUGUGUAGCUUUUGUUUUUUAUGCAUGUAUUAAAUAUGGAUGCAAGGUAAAGUUUUAGCAAUAUGUGCUUUUUUCAAGUACUCUCUACUUUUGAUGUAUUACAAUUACAAUAUUCGCAGUCUUUUGUAAUCAAAAGCUUGUGAAUGGUUUUACUCUUAUGCUACUCAAUGAGCUUACUACUCUAUAUGUCUUUAAAAGUAUAUUUUUAGAAUUUAUUUUGGUACUCUUAUUAGGUUUUAUUCUUAUUUUAUAUUGGGUUAAAUUAUACCUAAUAACUUAGUAAUCAGGUUUAUUACAUGUGAUAUGCAUUCCUCAUCAACACGUAAAAUAUAAACAAGUAUAUUUUAUUCUUAUGAGAACAAGAAUAGAUUAAAUUUUUCUUAACACUAGACGUAAAUUAAUGAGCAUGCAAGUGUUAAUACGUAUUAAUAAACUGUACGUGAAUUUGUCUGAAAAAAGAAACAUGCAAUAUUGUCAAAUACAAUAACGUCUUUACUGCAAAUAUCUAUUAUAAAUAUUAUCUGUGGAUUGGUGUUAUCAAGAAGAUAAAGAGCAAGGCUGUUUAGCUACACGAAAUAGUAAGGAGAAACUGCAGACAGCCGCUACUAAGGGUUUACUUAUUCAUUUUUGUGUGUAUAAUUGUCAUUGCAAUCAUGGAAUAAUGGACGUUAUGCUGUAUUGAUUUUAUUAUGUUAAUAUAACAUGAUUGAGUAA